AUCGUCAGUUUCCAGUUUCCACUCUGUCCUACCCCCUUGCCCUGCCGUGGCGUGGUGUGGCGAUGGAGUCCGCCUCGGGGCAAUCCGCCGCCGCCGCCGCCAAACCCCAAUCCCAAUCCUCUCCUCCUCCGAUGGCGCAGUCUGACGCCGACCAGUCCCCGAAGGCGAUGACGACGGCGGAGGUGGCGGCGGCCAUCGCGGCGCUGCCCGCCAAGAAAGACGCUCUACGCCAGGCCUUCGACCGCCUCGCCGCCUGCUCGCCCUUCCCGCUUCCCUUCGCCUGGGUCGAUCUCGACGCCCACAUCUCGUCCAUCCAGUCCUCCAUCUCACUGCGCUACCGCCAGCUGCAGGUCCUCGAGUCGGCCCGCCCAGCUCCCGUUCUCGCACCAGUCCCAACCGGCGACGAGGAGACUAGCGAGGAGGAGGAGGAAGAGGAAGAGGAAGAGGAAGAGGAAGUGGAAGUGGAAGUGGAGGAAGAGGAAGAGGAAGAGGAAGAAGAAGAGGAAGAGGAAGAGGAAGAGGAAGCUGAAGAAGAAGAGGAGGAAGUAGUUGAGGAGGUGGAGGUGGAAGAAGAGGAAGAGGAGGUUGAAGAAGUGGAAGAAGAGGAGGAUGAGGUUGAAGAAGUGGAAGAGGAGGUUGAAGAAGAGGAGGAUGUAGAUGCCAGCAAUGCGGUAAACAAGGAGGAAAAGGCCGAUGAGGAGAUGCUAGAGGCUCAAGAAGAGGAGGUGAAAGAUCAUAAGAAAUUGGUGGCCAAUGACAAGGAGCACAAGGUCCACAAGGUAGAGAAAGGUGAAGAGGAGCAUGCGGAGUCUGACCGUGAGAUGGAGGAAGCCAAUAAGGGUUUGUUGAAAGGAGUGUAUCCGGGUCUUCAAGGUCUUGUAAAGGCCUGUGCUACCAUGAACACCGCAAGUCUGGUGAACAUCGUGUUUAACAAUAAUAUUCCGCGGCAUGAACACCUCGUGGCAGUACGCCACGCCAAAGACGCUGCUGCUCUUAUCCUUGAUGUUGUCAGGCGAUUUCUGCCCAACAAAAACACCAAGACCGGCAAGGUCUGGGAAAAUUGUGUUGCGCUUAUCCGAUGUGUGCCUUUGGUCGAACCCAAGCUUUCUGUGCACACCACAGAGCAGGCCAAGCAGCUUGCAAAGGAUUGGAAGAAGAUGAUCGAUAAGGAGGGGGGUUGUGGGGAUCUUGGCUACCUGUCCUCAUGGGCCUUCCUGUACUUCCUCAUUUCUUACAACAUUGUAUCAGAAUUUGAUGUUCGUGAGAUCAUACGUCUCUUUGGCACUGUCCCACGCAAAUAUCAGAGGAAGGACUGCAUCGAUCUCUGCAAUGGUCUUGGUCUCGUCAGUAGGAUCAAUGACUUAAUUGAUUAUUUGGUUGGAAAUGGACAAGAGUUGAGCGCCAUACGAAUCACGCAGGUUCUUAAAUUGGUGGACAAAUAUCCACCUCUUUCUCUUCUGGAGGGAUAUAUCGAAAAGGCAAAACGGACUGCUCUGGAGUUAUUUAGCAAGAAUGCAUCGGACAAGUCUCUGAAUCCGGCUAGAACAAGGGAGAUAGGAAAUCUAUGGUUUGCACGUACUAUUGUUAAACAGCAACAGGCUGAUUCUAGCAAAUCGAUUGCUAUCUUGGAAGAAAUUAAAAACUUGUUAGCUGAGUAUGGAAAGAGCCGUAAUUUAAUAAAUGGCUCCGCUGCACCGAAACUAAAUUCAUGUCAGCAGCAAAAGAACCAGUUGCAGAAGGAAAAGCAAAAAUACAAGAAGCGCAAGAAGGAGCAGCAGCAACAUGAGGGAGAAGCUAGGCAGGUGCAGGGGAAACAAAGAAAGCUGGAAGGGAACCAGGAACAGCCACAAGAGAAGGGGCAGCAACUUGCACAACACAAGCCACAAGAGAAGCGGCAGCAACUUGCACAACACAAGCCACAAGAGCGCAAGGACCAACAGAGACACGAGGAUAAGGGGCAAGGGCACCGUAAUGCACAAGCGAAAAAGCAGAAACAGCAGCAACAACAAAUUGAGCCAGUACAGAGGCCUCAGCAGCAGUUAAACCAGCCAAGGCCAUGCAUUACCAAGCAGUCUAAGCUAGCAACACCAGUUGGUCCUUCCUCAAGAUCUGUGCCAGCUGCGGUUCCAAGUGUGGCACAUAUUAGUCCCAUUGGGCGUCAGCCGUUUGCUGUAAUGCCUGGAGCUUCUCAACCACAUCUUCCGGGAAUUCAAGGUCGACCAUUUGCAGCAAAUGGUGUACCUCCUCAAUAUAAUCCUUAUACAGCCAUCCCUCGUUCUACCCCAGAUAACACUUACCGCAGUGAGUGAAGUACAAGUCAGACGUAAGGAGUAGCAAAGAAUUGCCUGCCAUUUCCCCGUUGAUGUUACUCUUUUGUUAAUUAGUGAACUUACUUAAAAACCGGGAGUAUCCCAUGUGUUGUGAUGUGGUAUUUAUUUCCGAAACAUGUAUAUACUACCUUUUUGUUCA